AUGGUCAAACUCAUUGCCCUCACCAUUGCCUCUGCAAUUCUCUUCCCAACUCUUACAAUCGCCGCAGCUUGUACGGACGGCCUGGUCUACUGUGGUUACAACCUUUUGAGGCGAGGUAACUACAAGGCUGAGAUCAUUGCGGAACUUGCGAGAGUUGGAGACUCUAGCGACCCUAGCGAGGAGUACGACAUCUACCAUGGUCUUUUCAAGUGCGGCGAAGGUGGCCAUGGGUGGAUUCGAUACAUCAGCCAUUGUGACAGGUUCUGCAACGAUGGCGGCGCAGGUAAAGACGACUACUGUUAG